UGACAAUUUGACACGAGCUUGAAUUUCGAUGAAAACCCUAGAUCUGACCAACCAGCACCGCCAGCAUGGAAAUAUCACCUGUUACUCUCGACCUCCCAGAAUGCUCGCCCAAUCUCAUGCCAUUCCACAUAUCUCACUCAGGGCCCGCACCAAUAUCCACAUACUUUCGCGUCAAGCCCUCGGCGCCUUCUAGCCCGCACCUUUCCCUUACACAAAACACGUCCAACGAAACACACAUGUCCACAGACAACAGCCAGAACACCCUCGUCGCUGAAGAGUCUCAAUACUCCUUAACUACAAUUGCCGAAUCACAAUCUGCUUCAUUAGAGGGGGAUUCACAGGAAUGUCCUGCAGGAGUGGGCGCUAUGGUAGUCGACGCGGAUUCUGGGGCUCAGGCCAGCUCAUCAAGCGAAGUAGCUCGCGCGCCACCUGCGAUGCCUCCAAUAGAAGAUAGUCUCAGCAAUAACUUUGUCGCAGCAUUCAGAGGGAGGCAGGUGCACGGUCGUACCGUGGAACUGCCACAAGGAUACGGCGGCAUAGUCCUUAGUGCACCGAGCAGUGAUGCAAAGAGUCAAGGCGAUGACACUGGGACGGUUGAAACAAUGGCUCAAACAAGAGGCAAGGGUCGAGCAACACGAACAUGCAGCCGACAGAUGGAGAUAGAUGAGGACGAUGCGGUGGACGCAGAUCAUGAUGACUCGCGUGUUGAAAUUCGGAAACUGACUCCGGUCUCAAGGUUUUCUUCCUUGAUUGUUUGGUCCCCAGACAUACCGGUGGAUGAAGGCAAAGACGAGUAUCUUAGGUCCUUGACGGAGUGGACAAAAUUAGCGGCAGAGAUUCAUGCCUAUGACGCAUAAUGUGCUGGUCUGCAUUUCUCGGAUGAAUAUGGAACCUCAGCGAUGGACUGUAAGAACGUUCGAACGAUACGUUACUAUACGCGUCCGCUGUUGAUCCUGGUUUGGCUAAUCUUGGUACUUCAUCAUGCACAGUAAUCGAC